AACAGCACAACUCACUGCGGUUUCAACUGAAACGCAGCACGAAGAAGUUCACCGCCAUGUCUAUAUGAAUCUGAAAGAGUUAGUGCUGUUUUCUUCCUGAAAGCUUUAAGAGACACUCAAACAGUGAGGAGGAGGAGGUGACUGGCUCGUCUGAACAGGCGUGGAUCCAUUACUGCUGAGGCUCUUCUGCUCACUUCCUGCAGUGUAGCACUUUGAUGGCAGCUGUGAGGGCCGCUGUGGGGGGGGUGUGCCCCCCCGGGCUGACCCUGCUGGCUCUGCUUCAGCUGACCUGCUGCUCCGUGCUCUCCAGACCGGCUCCAGCAGUGCUGCUGGACGGCCAGGCCGCGUCCUCCUUCCUGUCCCGCUCCCUGCUCUAUAACAGCUGGGACUUUGAGAUAGUGGUGUCUGACAAUCUGGAGCGGGAGUGUGUGGAGGAGCAUUGCAGCUAUGAGGAGGCCAGGGAGGUGUUUGAGGACGACACCCAGAUGGUAAUGCUCCGGAAGACACUGUCUCUGUACACCUACACUACUUACAGGAGAGAGGACAGAGCAGAGUCGGCCCUGGCUCACGUGGAGCUGCCCACCACCUUGGAAACAGUGGAAGCGGCCAUAAAGAAACACAAGGACUUCACCACCACCAUGGAGCUGAACCUGCACAGGAUCAAAGCUGUGAUCGAAGCCGGGGAGAGUCUGAUCAGCCAGAACAACAUCUACUCUGAUCGCAUCAAGGAGCGCAUCGACACCCUCGCCAGCAGUUAUGGCCACUCCGCUCGCUGUACAGGUUCAGGAGACAGGUCGCCACUAUCCUCCAAAGAUGGACGAGUUCACGUUGAUGACAUCACAUUCUCAUUCCCUAGCUCAGAGCUGACUGAUGCGAAUGCUCCUAGAGUGGAUGUGUCAGGGCUGGUGGCCGGGAUCCUGGCUGUCCUGGUGUCUGCUGUUUUUGCCACUGUGCUGGGAAUCUACUGCUACAAAGCCAAGAACAAAAGUGGACGAAG